GUCUUCUUCCCAGAUUGUUGGUUUUAGGAAGAUGUGAUGGGAGGAAAAAGUGCAUCCAAAAUCAAAGUAGAAACAAGGGUUGAUAAGCGGAUUGAAUCAGAGGAGUCGGGAGAUGAAGAAGGGAAGAAGCAAACAGUUCGCUUAGUAACAGACCUCAGUCAGCAGAGCCUGAGAGAUGAGCAGAAUGGAGAAGCAGAGACACCAGUGGACAUGGAGACAAUUAACCUGGACCCAGAAGCUGAGGAUGUUGACUUGAAUCACUUCCGAAUUGGGAAGAUUGAAGGAUUUGAGGUGCUCAAGAAAGUGAAGACUCUGUGUCUCCGUCAGAAUUUGAUUAAGCGCAUUGAGAACCUGGAGCAGUUGCAGACCUUGCGGGAACUGGAUCUCUAUGACAAUCAAAUUCGGAAGAUCGAGAACUUGGAGUCUCUGGUGGAACUUGAGAUCCUGGACAUCUCCUUUAACGUUCUGCGACACAUUGAAGGACUAGAUCGGCUUACCCAACUUAAAAAACUCUUCCUUGUCAACAACAAACUCAGCAAAAUUGAGAAUUUGAGCAACUUGCAGAUGCUACAGAUGUUAGAGUUGGGCUCCAAUCGAAUUCGGGCAAUUGAAAACAUCGACACCUUGGCUAAUCUUGACAGUCUCUUCCUUGGAAAGAAUAAAAUCACCAAGCUCCAGAACUUGGAUGCUCUGACAAACUUGACCGUGCUCAGUAUACAGAACAACCGUCUGACCAAGAUUGAGGGGCUGCAGAGCUUGGUGAAUUUGCGUGAGUUGUACCUCAGCCACAAUGGCAUCGAAGUCAUCGAGGGACUGGAGAACAAUAACAAACUCACAAUGCUGGACAUUGCAACCAACAGAAUCAAGAAGAUUGAAAAUAUCAGUCACCUAACAGAACUGCAGGAAUUCUGG